ACUCUGUUUUCUCAUUCUUUUUCUAAGCAAACCCGUGAACUCUUUCUGUGACCACAUAAUUUAACAAUGCCAAUGCCAAUGCCGUCUCAAGAACCAAAGUCUUUCUCAGAAAAGGGAAGCAUGACAGCGGUGAUUCUUAAAUGAAAUACAGCUGAAAGGUUUUUUUUUUUUAACUUGGGUCUUCUCAACUUUCUUCCAAUGGUAAUGGCAAUGGAAAAACCAGUCUUUUUUCCUCUUCUUUUUCUUCUUACUCUGUUAAUGGCUUUUCUACUAGUCAAACCUUCAAACCAGCUUGACCUUCCUCAGACUCAAUCCCUUCUCAGAAUCCAACAGUAUCUCAACUUUCCCCCAGCUUUAAACAGCUUGAAAAACGAGGACACAGACUUCUGCAACAUUGAACCAACCUCAUUUUUCACUGUCGUUUGUUAUGAGAACGACAUAACUCAGCUCCACAUUAUCGGCAACAAUGAGUUCCCUCCUCUGUCUCAAGACUUCUCCAUACAUUCUUUCUUUACUGCUCUGGCCAAGCUCAACACUUUGAAGGUUCUCUCUUUGGUUUCUCUCGGGCUUUGGGGACCAUUGCCUGGUGCUAUAGGCCAUUUAUCGUCGUUGGAGAUUCUCAAUAUUAGCUCUAACUACAUCCAUGGCGCUAUUCCCACACAGCUUCUCCAUUUGAGAGAUCUUCAGACUAUUGUACUCGACCACAAUAACUUUUCUGGGCCAGUUCCAUUUUGGCUCAACUCACUCCCAAUGUUGACUGUUCUUAGUUUAAAGCACAAUUUGCUAAGUGGGUCUCUCCCAAAUUCAUUGGGGAGCUUGAGGAAUCUCCGGGUUCUCACUCUAUCAGAGAAUAAAUUAUCUGGGUCAAUCCCCAACUUUAGAAAAUUAACAAACUUGCAGGUUCUUGAUCUUGAAGACAACCAGUUUGGACCAAAUUUCCCAUCUUUGCCCAGAAAACUAGUCAUACUUAAGCUCAGAAAGAACAGGUUUCGCUUAGGCAUCUCUGCUAAUAUAACCUCCUUUUACUUGUUACAGAAGCUGGACAUUUCGAUGAAUGAGUUCGUAGGGCCAUUCAUGCCAUCUUUGCUGUCUAUGCCUUCAAUUUCUUACCUUGAUAUUUCAGGGAACAAGUUUACUGGAGUGCUCUCUGAGAAUAUGACUUGUAGUUCUGGUCUUAAUUUUGUGAAUAUGUCCUCAAAUUACUUGGUGGGAAAGUUACCUUCUUGUCUGGUUUUGCCUCCUAAGGACGGUGUCGUUUUGUAUUCUGGGAACUGUUUGUUGAGUGAUCAUGAUAAGCAGGAACAACGACAGCAACACCCUGUUGAGUUCUGCCAUAAGGAAGCUCUGGCUGUGGAAGUCAUACCAAGAAGAGAGAAGCCUAAGAUUCCAAAUAAUAAACCAGUUCUGGCACCCACUUUGGCUGGUGGGAUAGUUGGGGCAAUAGCGGUUGUUGGUGUGGUUUCAAUGCUUGUUAAGAAGAAGUAUGGUAAGUACACUCUUAAAAAACCUACAACAACGUUGAUUACAGAGAGAGUUUCAACAGUUAACACAGCCAAACUACUUUCAAAUGCUAAACAUAUAUCGGAGACUAUGAAGUUAGGAGCUUCGCUUCCUGCUUAUAGAACUUUCUCUUUGGAAGAGCUCAUGGAAGCUACUAAUAACUUCGAUGAUUCAGCUUUCAUGGGGGACAGUCCAAAUGGUCAAUUGUACAGGGGCAAGCUCUGUGAUGGAACGCUCAUAACGAUAAGAAGCUUGGAAAUGAAAAGAAGGCGAAGUCCACAGGCCUAUACUCGUGAUCUUGAGAUGAUUUCGAAACUAAGACAUUGCCAUUUAAUUAGUGCUCUAGGACACUGCUUGGAGUGCCAACUUGAUGAUUCAGGUGUUAGCAGAAUAUUUCUCGUCUUCGAGUUCUCUCCCAAUGGAACUCUAAGAGACUGCAUCUCAGGUACUCAAGGACUGAAACUCAAUUGGACACAGAGAAUUGCAGCUGCUAUUGGAGUUGCAAAAGGCGUUCAGUUUCUGCACACCGGGAUUGUUCCUGGAGUGUACUCAAAUAAUCUGAAAAUAACAAAUGUCAUGUUAGAUCAUAAUCUUCAUGUGAAGAUCAGUAGCUAUAACCUUCCACUUUUAGCUGAAAACAGAGGAAUGGCGAGUAAUGUAGUUUCUUCCACAACAAAAGGAAGUGGUCAAGAUAGGGUGAAACACGAGGAUAAGAAUGAUGUCUAUGACAUAGGAAUUAUCUUACUAGAGAUCAUUCUAGGAAGGCCUAUCAUGUUCUACAAGGAAGUUGAUUCUCUAAAAGAUCUUUUGAGAGUAAGCAUAGCAACCGACGAUACUGGUAGAAGAAGCAUCGUUGAUCCAGCAGUGCACAAACAAUGCUCCGACGAAUCACUGAUGACAAUGAUGGAGAUAUGUAUGAGGUGCCUGUCGAGUGAGCCCGCUGAUAGGCCUUCCGUCGAAGAUAUUCUUUGGACUCUGCAAUUCGCAGCUCAGGUUCAGAAUUCAGGGAGAGGGGAAUCUAUGAACAGCCAAGAGUCACAUGGCGCAUUGUCUUGAGAAAUUGGCAACUGCAAACUUUGCAAUCUUACCAUCAACUAAAGAACAGUAAAUUAUGUGCCGACUCCAAUAGCAGUAGAUUAUACUGAGUGUAUAAGUAAAGCUCUUUAAAUGGUGUGAUAUCUUUUUUUUAUUUCCCUCUGUGAAUUGAUGAUCUAGCUCUAUAUUUAUUUAUAUAUACAUGGGAUAAGUGUAGGGCUUCCAUAAUAUAGAACAGUUUUUUUCCUUU